AUGGCGCCCCUGAUCAAGGAAGUCAACGAGCUGUCGUCGCGCGGGGUUGACUUGCGAAAUGCAUUCACUGAGACCGCCGUGCUGCACAUCAUGGGCCACUCGGCCCAGCUAGGAUGCAACUACUGUCCGAGAAAAGCCGGCCCUUGCGAGUGCGGCCAUCAUCGCAACUGGGGCAAUUUGACUGCCACGCAAUACGCCAACUACGAUUACAUUGACCAUUCCCAGCGCAAGCCAGGCGGUGGCGCGUCUUGUUUGCGGGGAUUGACCAACUUUCCAGCCAACGGACACGUUGAGCGGAUGUUCUGCUUGGCAGCUGCAAGCGACUUCUGA